AUUCACAUCCGUGAUACGGGGAAAUUGCUAUCGAAAUGUCUGAUUGCGCCGGUAAAAUAAAACCGAGAGUUGUAGUUUUAGGAGGGUGCGGCUUCAUCGGUCGUAACCUGGUGGAUUAUUUAAUAACCAACGACUUGGUGAGCGAGUUGCGCGUGGUGGAUAAAACUCCGCCACAGCUAGCCUUUCUAAAUCCCGCACAUACAAAGGCCUUCGAAGACCCCCGCGUUGAGUAUAAGAGCGCUAAUCUUAUUAAUCCAAGUAAGUAACAAUAUAUUUUAUUACUGUUAAAGUAUACAACUUUUUUAAUACAUAAACUUGUACAAAUUAGACACAGAGCUUCUAAAAGGCAGUAUUAUGAAAAAAACAUUAGUAACCAUUAAUGAUACAGUACUAAUAUGUACUAAGUGCAAUGCAAUAGUAAUAAGGAAACUACACAAGUUGCACUUGCACAUUAUAUUUAUAUUUACUAAUGCUUUUUUUAUGGGAAAUGAAAACUGAUUUGUAUCUAAACUAAUAUUAAUAUAAUAUGCUUCAUUUUGAUUAUUUAUGUCAUUAUGAAGAGCCCUGAAAUAAUUUAAUAACAAGUUUCUUUAGAGCUAAGAGCUGUUUGAAUCAUUGGGGACUGAACUCUUUCCGAUAGGCUUGACCCACUGGCACUGUGAAGAGAUGUUGCAUCUCUUUGCGUAUUUUAUCGUAUUUACCACUGGGAGUGCUCUGAGGAAUUGUUAGGACUAUAUCCAGCUGCACAAUUUCACUAUCCCACAUCACAGCAAAACUCACGAUACCAUCCAUACUAUCUGAAUGACUGGCGGUCUACCACUGCAAUUUAAAAGAAGUUUUCUUCCGUGCACAACUUCCUUGUGGAAUCGACUACCACCAGAAAUUUUUCUGAGCCGAUACGACUUAGGGACCUUCAAGAAAAGAGCGUACUCCUUUUUUAAAGGCCUGCAACGCAACUGUAAUUCCCCUGGUGUUGCAGUUGUUCAUGGGUGGCGGUAAUCACUUGCCAUCAGGUGAGCCGUAUGCUCUUUUGCCCCCUCUAAAAUAAUUAAAAAAAACAUAUACAAUAUUAUUUUUUUUUUUUUUUUUUAUAGGAUCGGGUGACAAACGAGCACACAGUCCACCUGAUGGUAAGUAGUUACUGUGACCCAUAGACAUCUACAUCUAUCCUCAAUAAAGACUCAAGAUGCAGAUGCGUUGUCACCCGUGAGGACUAAGAUGGAAUGCCUCUUUGCCAGUAAAAAGGGUCUCCGGUGCUCUACACUCACCAUACGAAACACAGCAGCGUUAAGCUGCUAUUUUACGCUGGUUUUCUGUGAGAGCGUGGUCCUUCCCCGGUCGAGCCGACCCAUUCGUGCUACAACCAUAAUAUAGCUGCAGCAUGGCUCUACCACGUACAAUAUAACUUCCCUGUAAAUAAUAUGAGCUGUAGGACUAGCACAGUUGCAUGUGGACUAGCACAGUUGGCUGUGGACAUUGUCUAAAUGAAAGGAAAAGAAAAUCAAAUAUAAGGCUAAUGAAACUAAACACAUAAAGUAAAUGGAGCAAUAUUGGAAUAAGAGAUAUUGAGGUCUAUUCCAGCCAUAUGGCUUUUACAUAGGUUCUAUAUCUAUAUUGUAUGCUAUAGACAUUGGUGAAUCUCUUAAUGGUUAAUGCUACUUCUCAACAAGUUGACCAACUGAUGUCAUACUCCUACAAUAUUCUUGAAGGUCUGUUUGGGUAUCUUCAUUUCUUGGUGGUUCUUCCCAGUUCUACUCUUGAUGACGGGGGGAAAAUACCGCCGACCAUCCCGCGGUGUGAGUGCUCCAUGCCGGAUGUGCUAUUCUCACAGCGCUCAGUUCGCAAAGCACUUCUCUCCCUGGACAUCCAGAAGUCGAGUGGGCCUGACGGAAUCCCCCCAAUUGUGCUGAGGACGUGUGCUCCGAAGUUGGCACCGGUCCUAACGCGUCUUUUCCGGUACUCCUACUCCCAAGGCGUAGUCCCGAAUUCAUGGAAGACAGCUUUUGUCCACCCGAUCCCAAAAAAAGGCGACCGCUCAGACCCGUCCAACUAUAGGCCUAUCGCGAUCACCUCCUUGUUCUCCAAAAUAAUGGAAUCCAUUAUUAACUGCCAGCUCAUCCGGUACCUUGAGGAUCACCAGCUGAUUAGUGACCGCCAAUACGGUUUUCGUCGGGGUCGAUCAGCUGGUGAUCUUCUGGUCUACCUGACCCAUAGAUGGGCGGAGGCAGUAGAGUCCAAGGGGGAGGCGUUGGCCGUUAGUCUGGACAUUGCGAAGGCCUUUGAUCGGGUUUGGCACAAAGCGCUUCUUUCAAAGCUGCCUUCCUAUGGGCUUCCCGAGAAAUUGUGCAAUUGGAUCACCAGCUUUCUUGCAGAUCGGAGCAUCAAGGUCGUUGUAGACGGUGCAUGUUCUGACUACAAGCCUAUUAACGCUGGUGUUCCACAAGGCUGUGUGCUAUCACCAACGCUGUUUCUUCUGCAUAUCAAUGAUAUGUUGCUAACUGGUAACAUUCAUUGCUAUGCGGAUGACAGCACUGGUGAUGCUCUAUACACCGGCCGGGCCAAUAUUUCUCGGGAAAACGUCGCCGAGUACCGGAACAAACUUGUGUCUGAAGUCGAGUCUUUGCUGGACAAAGUCUCGGAUUGGGGGCGACUAAAUCUAGUCCAGUUUAAUCCUCAGAAGACACAAGUUUGCGCGUUUACCGCUAAAAAGAACCCCUUUGUCGUAUCUCCUCAGUUUCAAGGCACUCCCCUUCUUGCCUCAGCCAGUAUCGGUAUCCUCGGAGUCGACAUAUCGAGUGACGUGCAGUUUCGUGGUCACUUGGAAGAGAAGGCCAAAUUGGCCUCUAAAAAGCUUGGCGUGCUCAGCAGAGCGGGACAGUAUUUCAUGCCGGCACACCGCCUGCAACUUUACAAGGCGCAGGUUCGGCCUCACAUGGAAUACUGUUCCCAUCUCUGGGCAGGGGCUCCCCAGUGCCAGCUCCUUCCACUUGACCGCAUCCAGCGCAGAGCGGCUCGAAUCGUCGACGACCGAGCCCUUUCCGAUCGGCUCGAUUCAUUGGCACUGCGAAGAGAUGUUGCAUCUCUUUGCAUUUUCUUUCGCAUCUACCAUGGGGAGUGCUCUGAGGAAUUGUUCGGAUUAAUCCCAGCCGCCAAAUUUCACGAACGCACAUCGCGGCAGAACUCCCGAUACCAUCCACACCAUCUGGAUGAUUGGCGGUCCACCACUGUGCGAUUUAGAAGAUGUUUUCUUCCUCGCACAACUUCCUUGUGGAAUAGUUUACCACCAGCGAUUUUUCCGGACCGAUACGACUUAGGGACCUUCAAGAAAAGAGCCUACUCCUUUUUAAAAGGCCGGCAACGCAUCUGCAAUUCCCCUGGUGUUGCGGUUGUUCAUGGGCGGCGGUAGUCACUUACCAUCAGGUGAGCCGCAUGCUCGUUUGCCCCCUCUCCUAU